AAGGGUCCUCAGAAUCCUCUGUCCGGGCAUCGUUGCUGACAACGGUAUUUUUUACCAUUGAGGAGCUGAGCGUGGAAGGGUGCAAUUGUGAAGGUGUUCACCUCUGAGAUAACCUCAGACAUCUGAGUGCUUAAGAAAAAAAUGGCUCUUAAGAAACUGUGGGCGAUACCAAAGGACGGUUACUUAUUACUUCUUGACUAUGAUGAUGAAGAAGAUGACAUAAAUUUUUUGGAGGAGGCUCAUUCUGAAGAAAACGUAAGUUUCUCUGAGGAAUGGCAGCGUUUUGCAAGUUCUGUAGAGACACCAAUAGAAAACAGGAAUUUGUUAAGUGGUGAGCAGCAAGAUGGGAAUGCUUCAAAAUUGGAUCUUAUGGAAGUACAGAAUCCAGUAACUCAUGAUGAUGAGAAUGAAAUUCCUGAAGAAAUCAUUGGAGAUACACGGGAGAUGAUCAACAACAAGUCGUGUGAGCAGUAUAAAACUACAUUUCAGAAGUUUGAUAUGGAUGUCCAGAAUUUCAAUGAACAGCAAGAAAAAUCAGUGGGUUUGAUGAACUUGGAGACCAACAACUCCGAUAUGCUUUUUGAUGUAGAUGGUGAAUUGAGAAAAUGAAUGUCUGUGUUUAAAAGAGACAUCAUGAAGCAUACUCUGAAGUACUCAUCUACAUUCCCAUCUUGAGAAUAAUGAAGCAUGCAAAUUUUUCACUUGAUAGUACAUUUCUAAGCAAAUAAAAAAUCCGCUAACUUUUUGUCUCUUAUGAAA